AUGGCCGUGUCAAUUUCAGCCGGGGAGUUCACCCUGGGUUUCAUUGCCGGAUCUAUUUUCACCGUGACGCUGGCGGCCUGUUUAGCGUUCGCACUUCUCCGACCUAAGGAUAUUUACGGACUAGGCCAUUGGAAGCUCAAUGUGAGGACUCCAUUUCGGUCCCUGUGGAUGAAUCUCGGAUUCUGGACCGCAGAUGACGGCAGCCGCAUUGACCACCUUGAUGUUGCGGCGCGGGCUUUGCUGGAGAAGAUUGUCCAAGCUGCAGGCCUCCUCGUCGAGAACCAGUCGGGAGAGACUACCUCAAAGACCAACGACUCCGUCGCCGUGUUGGACGUGGGAUUUGGGUGCGGCGACCAGACUGUUGCGCUCGCAGAGCUUAUACAGGCCUCGUCACGGCCACAAUUUCGCUAUGUCGGGCUCACCCUGAACGCGGAACAGCUUCAAGCGGCACAGGAGAGGCUCAAUAGGGCGCUGUCGCGUGAAGAUGGGAGGAUUGGUGUAAGCACGCCGUCUCAGGGCGCUUUCAAACUGUUCCGAGCAGACGCGGCAAGGCCAGAGUCUUGGAGUAGCGCCGUUCACGCAUCUGUGGAUAGCUUGGCCGACGAGGCUUUCCCCGAGCGUUGGCUCGUGGCAUUGGACUGUCUCUAUCACUUCUCGCCCUCACGAGAAUCCAUCUUCAAGCUUGCGGCCAAGACAUUAGACGCAAAUGUCAUGGCUUUCGACUUGGUGCUAAACGAGAACGCAUCCAUGUGGCAUACCAUAGCAGUACGGUUUUUGGGUUUCACUCUGUCCUGUCCGUUUUAUACCUUCCUAACGGCGGAACAAUACCGGGAGCAGCUCAUCGAGUGUGGCUACGACGAAGCGCACAUUGAAAUCCGUGAUAUAUCAGACCAUGUGUUUGAGGGUUUAUCGGGCCAUCUGUCAAAACAACAGGUUGCUUUGAGCCGCUACGGCAUCUCUUUGGCUGGCUACAACCUGACUGGAAAGGUCUUCAAGUGGUUUGAUCAGACAAGAGUUAUAAAGGCUACGAUAGUCAUUGCACGAACAAAGAGGAAAACUUGA